CUUCAGGAUUUUCACUGAAUGGCUCUGCAAUUAAAACUGUGUCUCUCAUCAAGACUUUCCGUGGAAUUUCAGCAAGAGACUACGAUUACAUUCCCCCUUACGCUAUUGAAGGGGAGACAACAACCAUCCACAUCAGAGAAAACAAAUGUACAUCCAAAAAGUCAAACGACUCCACAUUAACAGAAGUGAACAACACCACGCUGGAGUACCUGACCAGCUCUCUGAGCACCAAGCUAAUACCUGCAGUCUACCUCAGUGCUGUUUUAUUGGGUGUACCAUCUAACGCCGUCAUUCUGUGGAUGCUAAUCUUCAGGAUCCGCUCUGUAUGCACAGCUAUCCUCUACACAAACUUGGCCAUUUCAGAUCUGCUCUUCUGCAUCAUGCUGCCCUUCAAGAUAGCAUACCACAUCAACGGGAACAAUUGGAUAUUUGGGGAGAUGAUGUGUCGGGCUGCCACUGCGGUGUUUUAUGGCAACAUGUACUGCUCCAUUCUGCUGCUCACCUGCAUCAGUGUCAGCCGCUACAUUGCCAUUGUCCACCCCUUCACCUACAAGAGCCUACCCAAACGUGCCUAUGCCAUCGUGGCAUGUGCUGCUGUGUGGACCAUCGUCUUCUUGUAUAUGCUCCCACUUUGUAUCAUGCAGCAAAGCUAUUAUGUGAAGCAACUGGACAUCUACACCUGUCACGACGUGCACAAUGCCUGUGAAAUCAUAUCUUCCUUCCAGUUCUACUACUAUGUUUCUUUAGUUGUGUUUGGGUUUUUAAUACCUCUUGCAACUAUUGUUUUCUGCUACGUCUCAAUUAUACGAACACUCAAGACUCAUGAAUGGUUCUGGUAUGUUAAAGUCAGUCUUUUGAUCCUUACCAUCUUUGCAAUUUGCUUUGUACCAAGUAAUAUCAUCCUUAUUAUCCAUCACAUCAAUUACUACUAUUACAACACAGAUGGGCUGUAUUCUUUCUAUCUGAUAGCUUUAUGUCUUAGCAGCUUAAACAGUUGUCUUGAUCCUUUCCUUUAUUUUCUGAUGUCAAAAAUUAGAAGUCAGUCCAAUAUUUAUCUAACGAUGGUUAAAAUAUCCAGGGAAAAGUGA